GCUCGAAGGAGCUCUCGUUCGUUGGACGGUGGUUGCAAAAAAAAAAUCGACAACAGAAAUUUUCGUCACUCUUGUGGCUGCAGGGAAAAAGGCGAAAACAAGUCUGCGAAGAAAGGAGAACCAAAAAAUUACUACGCGAGAAAAUUGUUUUUUUCCGGAAGUAGUUGCACGCGCGCGAUUCAGCCGCGAAAAAUGCAACCGGUACGCAUCGCGAGGAUAGCGUGGAAUAACGCAGCUGCCGCUCGAGGAUGGCGGCGUACAAAUUGUCAGGAAGAACACGUUCGGAUUCCUCGGUGAAAUAAGCAGUCGCAGAUAUCGGGAGUAGUAAAGCCGCUUAUUCGGGCCGACAGACUUGUUCAGAACUCUCCGAACUUUCGAGGUGCUCUCGUGGCAAAAUGAAACUUUUGUCGCACCUGUUGCACGACAGGUGUAGUUUUGACGGAUGUUCCUCGACUGUAAUGUGAAACCCGCUUCGUGAUUCGUCGAAUCGGUCCAACGAUUUCGCUCGAUUUUAAUUUUCAGUAUUAAUAUUUUUUUCAGUAUUCAUAUUUUUCCCGAGUUCGAUUCGCAUGAAAUGUCAUCGAUUCGCCACGUCGCUGGAAAACUUGGAGAAAUCGCGAUCGCUUCUUCAAGCUAAAUGCGAUUUGUGUGGACGAGAUGAGCGAGAUGUGCGGAUGGUGGAUGAACGAAAGAGUUGGCGAUAGGACGGGAAAUCUUAUCGCUAGUUGCGAAAGGUGUUGAAGAGAACUAGGGAGAGCGGCAAGAUGGUGGACGUGUUCAACAUGAGUAAGAUUCAAAAUAUCUGCCUGUUGCCGGAGCACUCGGACAUGCUGGAGGAUCCUCGAACGCCGACUUUGAGAAGGAUCAGUUAUGGCAUCGUGCUGCCGACCAUUUGUUGCUUCGGCAUCAUUGGAAACAUCUUGAAUCUCGUUGUUCUCACAAGGAGAAACAUGCGCGGCACCGCUUACAUCUACAUGCGAGGUUAUUCCGCGGCGGCGCUUCUCGCGAUCCUGUUCUGCAUCCCUUUCGCGCUUAGGGUUCUCAUCCACAAGGAAAUCGGGGGAUGGAGCAGCUGGCCGCAGGCCUUCUAUCAUGCUCAUCUCGAGCUCUUCCUUGGGAACGGCUGCCUGGGAGUUGGAGUAAUGAUGCUUCUGGCAUUGACAGUGGAGCGUUAUGUAAGCGUCUGUCAUCCCGGACAACACACGCGACCACUCUGCGGACCACCUCACCUAACAGUGGCGCUCACCCUGGCUACAUUUCUCGUUUAUCUGCCGUAUGUAUUUCGGGGUGAAAUUACGACCUGUCUACUGGCGCCAGACGGCCCUCUAAUCUACCAGAAGGGGGAGAAUCGGACGUUUCUUCAGUCGUGGUUCUUUCAGAUUUACAAGAUAAUGCUGGAAGUCAUUUUUAAAGUGGCACCAACGAUCCUUCUCGCCGGAUUCAAUCUGAAAAUAAUGAUAGUGUACAGAAGAUCCUGCGAACGACGUCGAAGGAUGACCUUAUCGAGAACUAUUAGUAAUGACGAAGAUCCGAGAACUUUUGCCGAAGAACGAAGGCUCAUUCUGCUCUUAGGCAGCACCAGCAUCCUAUUUCUAGUCUGCGUCAGCCCUAUGGUUAUCUUAAACGUCACUCUUAGCGAGAGCAAUCUCAAUCAUUAUUCUUACCAGGUGUUCCGGGCGCUGGCCAAUCUGUUAGAGGUGAUCAAUUACUCGAUCACGUUUUACAUUUAUUGCCUCUUCUCCGAGGAUUUUCGCAACACUCUGAUACGGACCCUGCAAUGGCCGUGGGUCAAAAGCAAGCAAGGUGGCAGAAGUCUGCCCAUGAAACGUUCUCCAAUACCGCGACCAACGACAACCACGACGACCCCGCCGACCACCACGGUCGCGACUCCUGGACAUCUAGCUCGUGCCAGCGUUUAACACCGAUCCGUGAUGUUCCGCUAGGAAAACGAAUCUUUCCGUUGAGAACUGAAUUCAAUUGUGCGAGUAAAAACAAUGUACGAAAGUGUGUUGGUCACAAUAACGUUGAACAAUUUGCCUACAUGUAUGCAGAGGGCUUGAUAGUCAAAUGUAGUAGGCUCUUGCGGAAAUUUCUUUUUGUUGAAUAGCCUGAUCGUUUCUAUUUUUUUUUUUUUUUUUUGAUCAAUGACAUAAUUAUUGUCGACAAAAAGACAACGAAUUGCGUAUCGUCAUCAAUUUCCCGCAGUGCUCUCUACGAAUCGCGCUUACUACGAUUCUUAGUGAGAAGGUAUCCGGAUUAUGUGUAUUCUGUGUACUGGCAAACUCUGAUUGCAGAUUUCCAGAACAGCAUUUGCGAAACAUUCCUGCGUACUAAUAACUAGAAUCAAGUAUGUCUACAUGGAUGCUGCUGCUAAAUUUGCGCGUUUGACUUGGACGAUCAAAUCGACUGACCUGAUUAAACAGCUGAUGUCCAAAUAUUUCUCUUUCUCUCUCGCUCGCUUUCUAUCAAACAAUAUACAUUUAGAUUUUCGCCAGUUUCGCGAGAUUGUGAGCAUUGAAAUCAGAAGACUCGACAAGUUCUUGCGAAACAACAAUGAAAGUGCAUAAUGGCAAGGGAUUCUGUAUAAGCUGUCCGUCAAGAAUCCCGUGAGACUCCUUCGCACUCUAAACUACAAGCGGCAAAAGUUUAUAGUGUUGUCGAUCGAGAGUCAGAUCAAAGAGAGAGAGAGAGAGAGAAAGAGGAAAUCGACGACAAGAUAGAGAGAGAAAGAGAAAAUUUAGACGAUAGAAACGCCACGUUGAGAACCAGUGCAACGCGUCCGUGUGCAUUGUGACCCGGGAAAUUUAUCAGAAUUCGCACGGAAUCGCAACGACAAGACUUGUGCAUUGAGUCGCGCGCGAUCGCCGUUGGAAAAUUAAAGACACAAGAAUGUGCGCUCAGAAUGCGGGAGAAAAGAGAGAAGGACGAGAAGAAAAAAAAUAAAAAUCAAAAAAUGAAAAUAAAAAAUUUGUCAAGUACCUGAGAUCGUACAAGGAAUAUCUUUUCUGCGGAAAAAAAAAAUCCACGAGGGCUGAAAUCGAGAGAGAUGGAAGAAACCGCGUCGAUUUCAAAAUCACCGGAGACAGAAGGAAGAAGCGUGAAAGGUGUACCAAAGUUCCUCCGACUGGAAGUUUAAGAUAGUAAAUGAAUGAAUGAUCGCGACGUCGAGAAAUAUUUUACGUCUGCGCCGCGAAUUCGUGAAUAGUCGUGAUUUAUUGCUGUGUAAAUGUUAUACAAUUUACAAGCGCGCUGCCUCCAAAGUGAUAAUUGCGUUUCUCAUGUAUACACAUCGCAUUAACGGCAUUAAUCUUUUAUACGCGAUACAUCUUCGCCGCCGAUAACUUACGUAUCGUUCGAUUAGACCUUAAGCAAUUUAUGUAUAGAGUUCGAUACCGACAUGGGAAUUGAAUUUCAAUCGAAUCCACAUUUCCGCACCGUGUAAUAUAAUAAAAGAAACGAGCAAAAGCGUAUCUCCAUGCGAGCGAAUAACGCGUAACGUUGGAUCAGGCUUUCGAGUUUAGCGAAAGGAUCGCUGCCGGCUGCGAUAAUAAUAUUCCAUCGAACUUUCCGAAAUAAACCGCUACCUUUUGGUUGCAUCACGUUUCCAAAAUAGACACUGUAUUCCAGAAAGAUAUUCUAUCUCCCGGGAAAUCGAUAAUUAAAUUCGCCACAACGGUCCGUCCACGUUUGUGCAGUUCGAUGGUAAUAUUAUUUCGCUCAUUUGCAUACGUAAAUCCCAACAAAGAACAUUUCGCAAUGCGAACACCCCUCUUCAGUAUGCGACGUCUUGUUUGCCCCUAACUUUGCGAAACGCGCACGAACGAAGAGAAAUAAAUUCGGAGAAAUAUCUCUUCUA